AUGGAGGAAAAUCAAGCUUUUCCAAAAGUCGAUUUACACUAUAAUGGUACUUUUGUGCCUAAUCCAUUAGUGUAUUUUGCUCCAGAAGUACUACGAUUGAAUGAAGAUGCAAACGAGUUUGUUUUCUCCGAUUUCAUCAAAUAUGUUGAGAAGCUUAUCGAUUUUCAGUGCAAGCAUGUGUAUUACUGUAUACCUGAAGUGAGAUUGAGUGAGGGGAUCCAAACACUACAAAAUGAAUGUGACUACUCUCAGUUUCUUGAGGUUGCAAAUGCUAACAGACAUGUGGAUGUGUAUAUUGACCAUGAUAAUGAACCUAUAUUUGAGUGGAUUCAGAAAGAAGAACCAGACGAUGAAGAACUUGUGUAUUCAGAAGAAGAUGUCGACUCUGUUUUUGGAAGAUGA